CCAGACAGGUUUCCCCUCCCCAGUCUCAGGUCCACUCAGUCUCUGGACGCGUCGCCAUCAUGAGGAGCUCAAGGGUUCUGGACCGUGUCCUGCUCUCGGCACUGCUGGUCUUCUCUUCAGCUUCUUCUGACCCGGAUGGGACGCCCACGCGGGAGACGCCUCCAGCAGUGACAAAAGCCCCAGCGGUGACAUCGUUGGCUCCUGUUACAGGACGUCCUGUUAACGUAUCGUUAACACCAGCCGCAGCAGCAGCAACUGCCUCUGCAGUGGCAACAACAACUCGGGCACCAAGGUCGACCCCCACUCAUCAUUCAGGCCAUACAACACUGACAACCGAACCUGCUGGAUAUGCCAACACCUCCCGCACCAAGUCCAGCAUCACCGUCUCCUCAAAGCCAAGUGCUGUAGCCUCAGCAGCAACAUCACCACCAUCAGCACCAUCACCAGCAUCUACAACCCCGGCAACAUCCGGAGAUCAACCAAGUUCCACAAAACACACCAGCAACACUGGGUCCACCCCCCCACACGGGAAACCUACCCCAACAGUGAAGGCGGGCGAAGCUGGCAAGAACACGGGGACGGCCCUGAACGAGACCGACACUCCAGCAGUGAAGAGCAGCAACAAACGUCUUCUGUGGAUUCUGUUGCCAUCCGUCCUCAUUGUUGCUGCUUGUGUCAUUUUCUUCAAGUUCAAGUCCAAGAAGGUUCACGACCACACGGAAACAUUCGACUGUGGAACUGAAAACGCUUCAUUCCAAAGUCGACCAGAAUCCUCCAGAGACGGAGUCAUGCUGCUGGGAGUGCGGACAUCAGUUGCAGAGGAGAACGCGUCGUCAGGAUAACUGGGUCAGAGUCUACUGUUCCACGGGCACAUUUUGGGGUUUUGUGGGUUUUUAUUUUUAUUAUGACACAUUCUUUCUGUUUUAUUGUGUGACAAGCGUUCACACUAUUGUACAUCUGUCAUUUUCUUUCUUUGGAGUUUGACUUUGAAAAAUAACAUUUCAGUAUAAUUGUACAUUUUGUUUGGGUUCCGAUCUGGUUUCAUUCCAUGAUACUUUUUUGUGACUGUCUUGGUUGCUUGUAUUCCAAUCUGGUCCUUGUUUGUCUUGCACUGAAACAUCACAUUAAAUGAGCUAAACCUUUGAA